GCAACGAAAGAUGUGAACGAAGGACUAGUUGGAGCUAACUUAAUUCCCGAAGAAACAGCCGACAACGUAGAUGAAGUAAAAAAGGCCAUAAUUCAAAACGUUAAAUGGCAAAUGUCAUUCGAUAGAAAAAUUAGAGCCCUUAAAUCGUUUCAAGGGUACAUUUGGAAAUCAGGAUUCAAUUCCGGUGAAUUGGAGACAGAAGUAUAUGAUGACGCAGUUGAAGCAAUGAAUAAAUGGAAAGAUCUCGGAAUAAAAAUGUUUAUUUAUUCUUCAGGAAGUGUUUCUGCCCAAAAAUUAUUAUUUGGUCAUUCGGAUAAAGGAGAUUUGUUAAAUUAUUUUUCAGGUUAUUUUGACACAACAAUUGGUUCUAAACUUGAAAAAGAUAGUUAUCUGAAUAUUGCUAAACACAUUGGAGUGGAACCGAAGGAUAUUUUAUUUUUGAGCGAUAAUGUGAAAGAGAUAAGUGCUGCAAAAAAUGCAGGAUUUCAAACGGCAAUUGUUGAACGUCCAAAUAAUGCACCUUUAUCUGAUGAUGAUCGAAAAGAUAAUAUUGUUUUAACUAACUUUCUUCAAAUAUUCUCGCAUCAUUCAUACAUUGAACCUCUUGCAAAAGUGCUCUGUGAUUGUGAUACAACUCGAAAACCCUCUCGUUCUGAAAAUGAACAUGUAUAUGGUCGAGUUUUUGACCCCAAAAAAACACAUUCAAAUCAAAAAUUACAUCUUAAGCAAUGCGACCGUCUCUAUGCUUAUUGUAGCGAUACAUUACUUGAACCACCUCCACCAGCUUUAUUACAUUUAUUAACUGGAUCUGAUAUUAAUACAUCAAAUGUUCUUUAUUGA